GCCCUCGCGAAGCACCGAUGGCACCGGUUUACCGGCUGGUGUCAGGUACCAUCCCAUAGGAUAUCUGAUAGAGAUUGCCGGCAGUAGGGGCUGGGAAUCCUAUCAUAGCUUUCCAGCCUCGGCUUUGGGGGUUGCGGGUUCACUUGAGCCGCUUUUUCUAUGAUAUGAUACUACGCCCGCAACAGACGGAGCGACUCACAGUUGCAUGGCACAGUGCCCAGCCUACGGGUAGUCCUUGCCCCCCAGCCCCAGAACACCACACCAGACAGAACCCGCUCUUACCUUCUCGAGUUCCCCUCCAACACCAGCAUCCACUUUCAUCGCCAGCCUUCCUCCACCUGCCCAGAACCCCGCCAUCCGGUGAACUCGAUUUGCGAACAGUUCACUUUCACAAAUCCUUUCCUUAUAUUUUCCCUCUUCUCCUUUCACAUCCCGACUCUAUUCCCCUGGCACACUACGCUAGUUUCGGCAUUUUUCACGGACUACCAGAGCAGCUUUGUUUCUAUUCUACAUUCCCUCUUUGCAUUAAUAAGGAGUCCAGAUGAUGCAGCCAAAGGCACCAAACAGGGAGGACCUUGGCCAAACGUGAGUAUUUCCUGUAUCCCUAUUUGGUGAUAGUUUGAGGCUGAAUUAUCAUGUUAGAUGGAGCUAUCUCGAGGCGGGUGUUGAAAAGAUAAUGAAGGAUCUCCAAACAGGUGUUGAUAUGACUACGGUGAGAUAUUUUGCAUCUGGCUCUUCACCGUUGAUAUUGUACCCGCUAAGCUAACCACCCUCUUAGUAUAUGGGCGUCUAUACGUAAGAUAUUCUUCCCAGAACGCUUUUGCUGUUUUGCUCACUAACUGCUCUCCUGCCUGACCUCAGUGCGGUUCAUAAUUUUUGUACAUCCCAAAAGGCAGUGAACUCUAGCCCUCAAGCGCUGCAUAAUUCAGGUGCCGUUCAUCGAGGUGGUCUGUCGUCAUCCAACUUUAGAGAAAGUUCUGGCUUGCUGAUUUUGUUUUUGAGGCGCUGUAGCUCAUCUACUCGGAGAGGAUCUCUACAAAAACCUUAUUGGUUACCUCAGCAAACACUUGACCGCUCUGAAGGAUGUUCGUUGGAUAAAUUUCUAUUCUGCUACUAAUUAUGAUCAUUCGCUGAUUUGGCGGGCUUAGGAGGCAUCUGGUCAUGCGGAUGAAGCCCUCCUCGCCUUAUACAUUCGCGAUUGGGAUCGGUACACUACUGCCGCAAAGUACAUUAACCACCUGUUCCGAUAUCUUAAUCGACAUUGGGUGAAGCGUGAGAUGGAUGAAGGCAAGAAAAACAUCUACGAUGUUUAUACAGUUCGUUGGCUCUUUGGGGAAGCAAAGAACUAGCGCUGAUAUUAGGUGUUGUAGCUCCAUCUUGUCCGUUGGAGACUUGAUCUUUUCGAUCAUGUCCAAAAAUAUGUCAUGGACGGUGUUUUGAAGCUCGUUGAGAAGCAGCGAAAUGGUGAGACCAUCGAGACUGCUAUGGUCAAGAGCAUAGUAGACUCCUUUGUUUCGCUGGGACUCGACGAGAGCGAUUCCUCCAAAUCAACCUUGGAUGUCUAUCGUCAAUUUUUUGAAAAACCCUUCCUGGAGGCUACCACUGCAUAUUACCAAAUGGAGUCUAAGCAGUUUGUGGCCGAGAACAGUGUGGUAGAGUACAUGAAAAAGGUUUGUGCUCUCGUAGUUUAUCGUGACGCUUGGCACUAAUAUGAAUUCUAGGCCGAGACCAGGCUAGCUGAAGAGGAGGGGCGUGUACAGAUGUAUCUCCACCCCGAUAUCUAUGGACCAUUGAUGAAGACCUGCCAGAAAGUCCUCAUUCAAGAACAUGCUCCCCUUCUCCGGGAGGAGUUUCAGGUGUUGCUAGAUAACGAUCGUCAGAGCGAUUUACAGCGGAUGUACAACCUUCUCUCGCGUAUACCGGAUGGGCUUGAACCUCUUCGUACGAAAUUUGAGGCGCAUGUUAGGAGGGCGGGGACAUCUGCGGUUGAUAAGAUUGCUGAUGAGGGCGGAGACAAUCUCGACCCAAAAGUCUAUGUCGAUGCUUUGUUGGAGGUUCACACCCAGUACCAGAAUCUUGUGAAUGUUGCGUUCAAAGGCGAGGCAGAGUUCGUUCGUUCACUGGAUAACGCCUGUCGUGAAUUUGUCAACAGGAACAAGGUGUGCAAGUCGGCAUCUACAAAAUCCCCUGAACUUCUUGCAAAGUAUGCAGAUUCACUUUUGCGUAAGAGCGCCAAGAGCGCUGAAGAAUCGGACCUCGAGAAUAAGCUUUCUGCCAUCAUGACAGUCUUCAAAUAUGUUGAGGACAAAGAUGUAUUUCAGAAGUUUUACUCUAAAAUGCUGGCGAAGAGACUGGUGAACUUUACUUCGGCCUCUGACGACGCAGAGACAAGCAUGAUUGGAAAGCUCAAGGAGGCUUGUGGUUUCGAAUAUACCAACAAACUCCAACGCAUGUUCCAGGAUAUGCAGAUAUCUAAAGACCUCAACGACAGUUAUAAGGCGUGGUUAGAAGGAAAGGGCGAGAGUGCGUCUAAUGGCGUUGACUUCAGUUGCCAAGUUCUCGGAACAUCUUUUUGGCCCUUGAACCCUCCCACAACCCCGUUCAAUAUACCUGAAGUUAUAGUUCAAACCUACACUCGAUUCGUUGAGUUCUACAACGGGAAGCACAACGGGCGUAAAUUGACCUGGUUAUGGCAUCUUUGCAAAGGGGAACUAAAAGCCAGUUACUGCAAGGCAACCAAGACCCCAUAUACUUUCCAGGUCUCGACAUACCAGAUGGCCAUGCUUUUGCUGUUUAACGAUGCGACAAAGAUUUCCUACGAGGAAUUUGAAAAAUCUACGGGAUUGUCUAAGGAGUAUAUGGAACCUGCCUUGGCAGUCUUCUUGAAAGCUAGGGUGUUGACCAUAUCGCCCCCCGGCUCGAAAAUUGGGCCGGGGACUCAAUAUUCCCUUAAUUUCGACUUCAAGUCGAAGAAGAUUCGUGUGAACCUCAAUAUGGCUGUCAGGGCAGAACAGAAGCAGGAGGUUGAGGAGACUCAUAAAACCAUUGAAGAGGACCGUAAGCUUCUGAUGCAGGUAAGAUAUGUAUCUGUUGUUGGAUAUAGAAUUCUUUCACUAAUAGUUCCUAGUCCGCGAUUGUUCGUAUUAUGAAGGCCCGAAAGGUCCUCAAACAUGUUGUAUUGGUGCAGGAGACCAUUGGGCAAAUCAAGUCCCGCUUUACACCCAAGAUUCCUGAUAUCAAAAAGUGUAUUGAUAUCUUGUUAGAGAAGGAGUACCUUGAGCGUUUGGAUGGGGAACGCCUAGGUAUUGUUUCCUUUGUUCCGGCCGAAACUAUUCGCUAA